AUGCUGCUGCCUGGCAGGCAGCUGGUUCGCCGGCCUCUCCGCUGCAUCCGCGCUUUGGGCCGCCUGCCCUCACGCUCCCUCAUGAAUCUCCGGGAGCUCGUUGCUGCCCUGAAUGACUUUGCAUCCCUCUCUCUGGCUGAAAGCUGGGACAACGUGGGGCUGCUGGUGGAACCAAGUCCGCCCCACACUGUGAACACCCUUUUCCUCACUAAUGACCUCACUGAGGAGGUGAUGGAAGAGGCAGUGCAGAAGAAGGCAGACCUUAUUCUUUCUUACCACCCGCCUAUAUUCACGCCACUCAAGCGAGUAACGUGGAAGACCUGGAAGGAACGGCUGGUGGUCCGAGCCCUGGAGCACAGAAUCGGGAUUUACUCUCCGCAUACGGCGUACGAUGCCAUACCUCAUGGAGUCAAUAACUGGCUAACAAAGGGACUCGGUGCCUGUACUUCCGUCCCACUGCACCCAUCAACUGCGCCAAGCUGUCCAGCUGAGGGCACUCACAGAGUAGAAUUCUGCGCAGACAACACUGAGCAUCUGGACACGGUGCUGUCCAAAAUCAAAGACAUCCAAGAGAUCUCCUGUCUCACUACUCUCCCUGCCAGGGUUGAAGGUGAGGAGCAAACACGAGUCACUUUGAACUGCUCUCAGAAAGCACUGUUGGAGGUGGUGGCAUUAUUGUCCCAGAACAGCCUUCUUUAUCACAAGACCGAGAUUCUCUUAUUACAAAAGCCUCUUCUUCCCCACACUGGAAUGGGACGCCUGUGCACUUUGAGCGAGCCAGUCUCCUUGUCAGACGUAAUCGAGCGUAUCAAAAGCCACCUAAAAUUACCCCACAUCCGCUUAGCCGUGGGAAUGGGCAAGACACUAGAAUCACCAGUGAAGAAAGCUGCUCUGUGUGCUGGUUCAGGGAGCAGUGUCCUGAAGGGAAUGGAAGCUGACCUCUAUCUCACAGGAGAGAUGUCCCACCAUGACAUUCUGGAUGCAGUUGCCAAUGGGAUAAGUGUUAUUCUGUGCGAGCACAGUAACACUGAGAGAGGCUUCUUGUCAGAGCUGUGUGACAUGCUAAGUAUCCACCUACAGAACAAAAUCAACAUAAUUGUGUCUGAGAAAGAUAGAGAUCCCCUCCAGGUGGCAUAGGAAAAAAAAAAAAAUCGGAGUGAGAGAAUUCAGUCAAGAGUUUCAUGGUAUCUUGCACAGACCUAUCCAGCUGCAAGCUUAAUGAAGAUGCUCUGAAUUUGUUCAGUACAGAAUGAUUGUAUUAUCUGUUCCCUCAAAGUUUGGGAUAUAUUUUGUCAUGUCAGAUAAAUAAAUGCUUGUUUUGG